GGGAGGGUUAUCACCGUCCAAACCUCCAACACAUCAUUUUCGGACCCGCGCAAUUGCAAAACAGCACACGCAUUUGGAGACACCGUUGAAUAUGAACAUUCCCUCCCUCCAUCUCUGCACCAAUUGCAAACCUCAACAAUUCAGAUCCGAUCACCAUUCACCAAGCACAUUUCCUCCUCUUUUUUCUUCGAUAUUCGAAGUUCCUCGUGUCCUAUGGUUUCCCAAUUGAAUCGUUUUUCUUUCUUUAUACCACAAAUUCAAUAUUCCCUGAUCACCUUUUCAACUUAUCGUUGAGCUGUUUGAUUCUAAUUCAGUGGUCUCCCUCGAAUUUUCAACUUUUACUUUGUGCUAUAUUUAUGGGCUAAGGGGCGCAACCACAAACUCAGACCGCGAUCGGAAAGCUCUGGACAAGUGUUGGUGCGUUAUCUUCUGCAAUCCUGUGACAAGUUGGGAAACUACAUCAAAUGGGUCACCGAGGCAAUGAUUCAAAUGCAAAUAGUCAGCAGACUGAUAUUGGUGCAGCACUACGCAAUGGAAGAGAAAUCCUUUUUCAGGCCUUUAAUUGGGAGUCUCAUAAACAUGAUUGGUGGAGAAAUUUAGAAAGGAAAGUUCCAGAUAUAGGAAGAUCUGGUUUUACAUCAGCAUGGUUGCCACCAGCAACCCAUUCCUUCGCACCUGAAGGUUACCUUCCGCAGAACCUAUAUUCCCUCAAUUCUAAGUAUGGAUCUGAGCACCUAUUAAAAGGUUUACUUCAGAAAAUGAAGCAACAUAAAGUUAGACCAAUGGCUGACAUAGUCAUCAAUCAUCGUGUUGGAACUACCCAAGGGCAUGGUGGAAUGUACAACCGCUACGAUGGAAUUUCAUUGUCAUGGGAUGAACAUGCUGUCACAUCUUGUACCGGUGGAUUGGGUAACCGAAGCACUGGGGACAAUUUCCAUGGAGUUCCAAAUAUUGAUCACACCCAACUUUUUGUUCGAAAAGAUAUUACAGCAUGGCUACAGUGGCUACGUAAUAAUGUUGGUUUUCAGGAUUUUAGAUUUGAUUUUGCAAGGGGUUAUUCAGCAAAAUAUGUGAAAGAAUAUAUUGAAGGAGCAAAACCAAUUUUUUCUGUUGGGGAGUAUUGGGAUUCUUGUAACUACAAUGGUCAUGGCUUGGAUUACAACCAAGAUAGCCACAGACAGCGGAUAAUAAAUUGGAUUGAUGGAACAGGACAGCUAUCAACUGCAUUUGAUUUCACAACCAAGGGAAUUCUUCAGGAAGCUGUUAAGGGACAAUUGUGGCGCCUACGUGACCCCCAAGGGAAGCCACCAGGUGUAAUUGGAUGGUGGCCUUCAAGAGCUGUCACAUUCCUAGAUAACCAUGAUACAGGCUCAACACAGGCUCAUUGGCCCUUCCCUUCAAAUCAUAUUAUGGAGGGUUAUGCAUAUAUACUCACGCACCCAGGAAUACCGUCAGUUUUCUAUGAUCAUUUCUAUGAUUGGAGUGACUCCAUUCAUGAUCAGAUUGUGAAACUGAUUGACAUCAGGAAGCAUCAAGACAUUCAUAGCCGGUCAUCUAUAAAGAUCCUGGAGGCCCAGCCGAACCUCUACUCUGCUAUAAUAGGAGAGAAGGUGUGCAUGAAAAUUGGGGAUAGUUCAUGGUGCCCAACCGGUAGGGAGUGGACACUGGCAACCUGUGGCCACAGAUAUGCUAUUUGGCACAAGUAAAUUAGAGAGUUUCCAUAUAUAGGCUAUAAAAUACGACUAAAUAAGAUUUCUGCCUGUGGGGAUCCAUGGCUACUUUACUAAAUUUAGACGAAUCGCACUUCCUGCAACUUUGCAUAUCGGGAAUGUUUUUUUUCUUCUUGCCUAGAAAAUUAACUCACAAAAUAGGUCAAAUAACCCACGUCUUCACCCUCCACCACCCCAUACGUAAAUAAAUAAAAUAAAGGGGGAGGAGAGGAGGUGCCAUUUGGCUUGUAGGGCAGCUUUUUGUACUGGUAAUCAUUUUAGUAGCCUUUUUAUGUCUGGAACUGAUACUUCAUUUUCUAUCAUUAGGCCAUUGCUAGUGCCCUACAGCAUUUGAACUUGUACUCUUCAUUUUCGAGUGUCACUCAUGUUGAGUGAAGUGAUCCUUUAUGCAAA